AUGCAGGCGGAGGACAUGGAGGUGCCGAUCAUCCACAACCUGAACGACACCGGAGACAGGCUGAGGCCGAGGGGCAAAGAUGUGUUCAAGGAGCAGCAGAAGGAGUCGGAGAGCUCCAUGGACUCUCCCAACCUGGAGUUCGAGUAUGGAGACACGGACACAGUCACCGCUGAGCUCUCAGAGCUGUACAGUUACACAGAGGAGCCGGAGUUCGCCCUCAACAGAGACUACUUUGAGGAGGACUUCAGGAGCCAUGACCGUGGCAGGAGGUGGAUCGAGCUGGCGGUGGAGGAGCAGAGGACGUACGUGAUGAGGCUGCUGGACGCACUGGAGGUGACGGACAGAGACAAGAGGCUGAAGGUGGCCCGAGCCAUCCUCUACCUGGCCCAGGGAGUGUUUGAUGAGUGCGACACGGAGGUGGACGUGCUCCACUGGUCCAGACACAAUGUCUUUCUGCUCUACGACAUGGGCAUCUUCACGGCACUGCUGGAGCUGCUCAGCAUGGAGAUAGACAACAGUCAGGCGUGCAGCAGCGCUGUGAGGAAACCUGCCAUCUCUCUUGCAGACAGCACAGAGCUCAGAGUGUUACUGAGCAUCAUGUAUUUGAUGGUGGAGACCAUUAGAGUUCAAACAGACGAUGACCGACCUGAGUGGAUCGCAGCCAGAGAGGCCUUCAAGAAUGAGUUGGGUUCACCUCUGUACAAUGGAGAACCCUUUGCCUUGCUCCUCUUCACUAUGGUGACCAAGUUCUGCAGCAUGAACGCCCCACACUUCCCCAUGAAGAAGGUCCUCCUGCUGCUCUGGAAGACGAUACUGUUCACCAUGGGGGGCUUCUUGGAGCUCCAGCAGAUGAAGGUUCAGGGCCGGGAGCGCCUCAACCUGCCUCCGCUACCGGAGGACAGCAUCAAGGUUGUCAGGGCGAUGAGAGCGGCCUCGCCCCCGGCCUCGGCCAUGGAGCUCAUCGAGCAGCAGCAGCAGCAGAAGAGGGGCCGCCGCAGCCGUAGGAGUGCCUUUGUUGAUAGCUUGGAAGGAGACAGUCCCUUUCCCAAGAAGCAGCCCCUGGUCAAACAGGACAGCCUGGACACGUACAACGAGCGGGACCCCUUCAAGAACGACGACGCCCGGGAUGAGGAGGAGGACCCCGAGGACACAGACAGUGGCAUCGAGGGCGAGGUGGAUCCUCUGGACCGCGAGAUCAUCAUCCAGCCUCCGCCGCCACCGCCUCCUCUGAGACCUCCGACGGAGAGGGUCAACUUCCCCAAGGGCCUCCCCUGGGCCCCUAAAGUCAGGGAGAAAGACAUUGAGCACUUCCUGGAAACCAGUAGAAACAAGUUCAUCGGCUUUACCCUGGGAAAUGACACAGAGACCUUGGUGGGCUUACCCAGACCCAUCCACGAGAGUGUCAAGACUCUGAAACAGCACAAAUAUGUGUCUAUUGCUGAGGUCCAGAUCAAGAGGGAGGAGGAGCUGCAACAGUGUCCGCUGACUCUGGGUGAGGAAGAUGUGGAGGAGACUUCAGCAGAGAUCCUGUACCUUGGUAUGCUUCCUAACCUCUCCCAGUAUGUGAUUGCCCUCCUGAAGCUGCUGCUGGCCGCAGCUCCCACCUCCAAAGCCAAAACGGACUCUAUCAACAUCCUGGCUGACGUGCUGCCUGAGGAGAUGCCUAUCACAGUCCUUCAGAGCAUGAAGCUGGGAAUUGACGUGAACCGUCACAAGGAAAUCAUAGUGAAGGCCAUCUCUGCUCUGCUGCUGCUGCUCCUCAAGCACUUAAAACACAACCAUAUCUAUCAGUUUGAGAUCGUCUCCCAGCACCUUGUGUUCGCCAACUGUAUCCCACUCAUCCUCAAGUUCUUCAACCAGAACAUCAUGUCCUAUAUCAGUGCCAAAAACAGCAUCUGUGUGCUGGACUUUCCUAACUGUGUGGUCCAUGAGAUGCCUGAGCUCACAGCUGAGAGCCUCGAAGCAGGAGACAGCAACCAAUUCUGCUGGAGGAACCUGUUCUCGUGCAUCAACCUGCUGAGGAUCCUGAACAAACUGACCAAGUGGAAACACUCCAGGACCAUGAUGUUGGUGGUGUUCAAGUCGGCCCCCAUCCUGAAAAGAGCUCUGAAGGUGAAACAGGCCAUGAUGCAGCUCUACGUCCUCAAGUUGCUCAAGAUCCAGACAAAGUACCUGGGCCGCCAGUGGAGGAAGAGCAACAUGAAAACCAUGUCAGCCAUUUACCAGAAGGUCCGCCACAGGCUCAAUGACGACUGGGCGUACGGAAACGAUAUCGAUGCACGGCCCUGGGACUUCCAGGCAGAGGAGUGCGCCCUGCGUGAGAGCAUCGAGAAGUUCAACAGCCGGCGCUAUGACAAGAACAAGAACGGUGAUUUCAUGCCCGUGGACAACUGCCUGCAGAGCGUGCUGGGCCAGCGCGUGGACCUGCCCGAGGACUUCCACUACAGCUACGAGAUGUGGCUGGAGAGGGAGGUGUUCUCGCAGCCGAUCCAGUGGGAGGGGCUGCUGCAGAAUCCGUGA